AUGGUUAACUGUUUAACUAACAGGUUAAAUAUUCCUCACUACGAUGAUGAAUUACUGUGCAAAGAAAUAAGUAACUUGACCUUUAGGCAAUCCCAUGAUGGAAGUGAGUUUUUCUCACAUAAUGGAAUUAGGGAUUCCGCGGAUACGACGUCUUCAUCAGGACUUGAUGGGUUUUCACAUGGAUGGUUCCCAGAUUCUCAAAUGAAGUAUAACGAAAAAGGUGUAUCUUUUAGUAGAAUGACCACAUUUACGGAGUUGCCGUUUGGAAAUACCCUUUACGGUUUUAGUAGGCAAAGGGAUGAUAAACAUUCCGAUAAUAUAGCUUUCUUCAGGGAUUUAAAGGAUUUGCUAACCCAAAAUUUAGUAGAAACGCUAAGAACAUAUGUUAAUGAUAUUUACCAGAUUGAUAUUUCAAAUUUCAAAAUGGAGAAAUCUGACAACCGUAUAGCCAUAACACACGAUGAACUUCAUACCAGGGCCUUGAUUGUAUUGAAAAAAUGUAUAUUGAGUUCGACCGAGAUCAACGUAGUACAAGUUUACUUGGCUUUAAGAGAAAAAUAUAUUAUAACCGAACACCCAUUGUUGCCAAGUAUAGGAUCGUCUUUACAUUCAAAUGGUUAUUGCAAACCGUGUGUAUUUGCUAAUAAGAAAUCAAACUAUUGCAAGAGUGGAUUUAAUUGCAAUUUUUGUCACUAUCACCAUAAAAUAAUCAGACGAAAAAUCAACCAUAAAUCGGAUUCUCUUACCAAACUUACUCAAAGUGGCCACUUAGGUAAAUUGGCUAAGCUCACAAACGGUGAUGAUAACUCUACAUCCGUAUCACAGAUUAGUAAUGAUGGAACACCCGAUAUUUCCAAUACAAACAAUCCAUUUGCAUCUCUUUCGUUGUUAACGAAUACUACAGGCAACAGUUAUUUUUCAGUUUUCUCAAAGUACUCACACAAUGGACCUAAUAAGGCUAAAAUGGAUAAUAGCACUCCAAGAUUGUAUUUCUAA